AUGAAGUGUGUGCAUCUUUUAAACCCGGAAUAUGCCCAGAAUGCCAAGAGCGAGCAUCUGCGGGACUACCACCUGAAAUUCGUCGCAAUUAUACAUUCGAGCGCCAAAUUGGUAGAAGUUCGCGAUGGCUUUGGAAAGCGGCUAUCUGAUUUGGAAGACCAAGAUAUUCUCAACAUUCAAAAAGCUGCGUACGCCGGCGAUAUAUUUUACGUCCUUGGGUUGAUGUUGUCGAAAGCCGGCACAUUUAUGCUCAUCGCCCGCCUCACAAAAUAUACAAGGCUUGCUAGUCUGGCAUAUGCGGGUUUCAUCCUGACAAUUGUAUGGGGUGUUGCAGUAGCUUUAGCUGUCUGCUUUAGAUGCAAGGUUCCAAGUCCUUGGACUCAAAUGGAUUUGAGAUGCUUCCAAGCGUAUCCCACUUGGGUUGGCGUUGAAACUUCCGGGAUUGGAGUGGAACUCCUGCUGGCACUGCUUCCAGCGUAUAUUGCCUGGGUUGCUGCAUUGCGCAUUUUCUAUCUCCGAAAACAAAACAUGUUGGAUGACCCGUUUUUCUAUGGGGUAGACCCCUCUGUUUGCAUGGAGAUCGAACUGCAUUACGGCCUUAUCGCUGCGACGAUCGCAUGUCUCAAGCCAUUCGUUAAGUCAUUCAACACGGGAUAUUUGGGUCGCCUAGAAAUCAUUCCGGAUGCUUUCAGAGACACAAUACCUUUACAGAAUUAUAAGCCCCCGGGAAUGUCGGGGGGGAGGGAUAACCCGUCCAUUGGGGAAGGUGGCGCUCUUUCCAUAGAAACAACAUCGGGGAACAUAGUCACUGCAACUGACUCCAGAAAGGCUCAAAAAUUUGCCAAGCAAAACCAGAGCCCCGAACCUUCCGUGCGGAAUCUGAUAAUGAGUUACGGGCUCACCUUCAACGAAACGGUUACCUGGUUCAAGUUCUCAACCGCGCCGCCAGCGGACACAUACACUCCUGAACAAUCCGCAAUUCUCUCUGUGGCAGUAAACCAUAUUCCUGAGUUUGGAUUUACAACCCGUUCGCUUACCCUGGGGGCUCGAGAUGCAGGAUACUUGGACGUGUCAUUGCAGCUAUUUCCGGAUGGCGGAGAGAUGAACCUGAUAACCUACUGGCUGAGAAGUCGAAGGGGUAUGUUAAGGCAGAAAACUAAGAGCGGAGAGUUUUUUGGCAUGUCUGAACCCGGAGAAAUUGGCGGAUUAAGCGUGGAGGAGAAGGUACUGAUAUUGAUAUUGGAAAGAUUAAAGAUGAACGAGGAGAUAAUUGAGCAUUGGCAGGAUGCGCUAGCAACCAUGUCUUUACCCUUUAAUCUUGCUCCGUCAAUCUCCGAGCUAUCUGCGCUCUCCUCUGACAUUCUCUAUCUGGCCAACGACCACUCCGUGGACUCCUCCUGGUACACAAAGCGACUCUCUGUCGCGACUGUUUAUGCCAGCGCCGACGUAUUUAUGACAGAGGAUACCUCCCCCGGAUUCUCUGCAACCAAGGAAUUUGUUGAACGGCAACUCAGCGAUGUCAAUCUUGUUACGAGGACUCUGAGCGACGCCAAGCGGUACUUGGGGUUUGUUGCAGGCAGUGUUGUUGGAGUGGGCAGGAGUUGGGGAAUGAAAAUAUGA